AUGAUCACUGAGUUUAAGAAGGCUAUGACUCAAGAAUUUGAGAUGACGGAUAUCGGCCCUAUGACUUACUAUCUUGGGAUUGAGGUUAAGCAAAUGGAGGAUUGUAUCUUUAUUUCACAAGCAAGAUAUGCAAAAGAAAUUCUAAAGAAAUUCAAUAUGGAGGAUUGCAAGCCUUUAUGCACCCCCAUCGAAUGCGGAACCAAGUUGUCGAAGAAUGAUGAAGGUGAAAACCCAACACUUUUUAAGAGUCUUGUUGGAAGUCUAAGAUAUUUGACGUGCACAAGACCAGAUAUCCUUUUUGUAGUUGAGCUCAUCAGUCGCUAUAUAGAGACACCUACCAUGACUCAUAUGAAAGUUACAAAGAGAAUUCUUCGCUACAUCAAAUGUACUCUUGAUUAUGGCUUAGUCUAUUCAUCAUCUAAUGAGUUCAAACUUGUUGGAUAUAGUAACAGGGAUUGGGGCAGAGAUAGUGAUGAUAGAAAGAGUACGACUGGGUAUGUGUUUUACUUGGGUGACAUAGCUUUCACUUGGAGCUCAAAGAAGCAAUCGAUCGUAGCACUAUCUACAUGUGAAGCUGAAUAUGUUGCAGCUACAUCAAGUGUUUGCCAUGUGAUUUGGCUUAGAAACUUGUUGAAAGCGCUUGGAGUUUCACAAGAAGAACCAACCGAAAUCCAUGUUGCUAACAAAUUGGCAUUGGCAUUGGCAAAGAACCCAGCAUUCCAUGACAGAAGCAAUCCUCCAAUUUUUAGGUACUUCAUGCAUGUUUCUCUGCUGGGUUCCUAUUUCACCAUUUUAACCACUUCGAAGAAUUCACCUGUAUCAUUAUUUCUGGCCUGA